GGGCAGGUCGAUGCGCAAGUGUUUUCUGCACGCUCUAAGUAAGCAGGCGGCUGUGUGAGAGCGUGUGUGUCGAUUGUUUUUCGACAAUUGCAACCGCACUCGCACACAAUUUGUAUGUUCUUUUAUACGGGCCCGACGGACUGGACUACAUUUUUUUAUACUCAUUUAUAUAUAAUUAUUAAACUGUGGUGAUUUGUGUUAAUGUUUUUUUUUAUUAAAUUAUUUUUGUUUGUAAAUAGUGAUGACUUGAAUGAAAAUUUUCAAUUUGGUGAUGUGAUUUUCCACAAAUUUUGUCUAUUUUAGAAAAACAAAAUCAUCUGAAAAGAAUGCCGUAGCAACAAUAAGAAAUAAAAACAAUAUCUAAAUUAAAAACAAAAGUGCCGAAAACCCCUCAAAUGCCAUUAACAAUCAGAUAACAUUUAAUAAUAAUUCGCACAGCACCUUGUGCCGUUUAUCGCAGAAAGUUUGGCGACGGUCUAAUCAUUGGCGUGGUAAUAGCCCCUUCGCUCUGCCCAAUGGGGGGUUUCACCUCCCCAGAGCAGCAGUACGCGCUGCGAUGGAACGACUUCCAUUCCUCCAUGUUGACACAUUUUCGACAUUUACGGGACGAAGAAGAUUUCGUCGACGUGACUUUAGCGUGCGACGGUUGUUCGUUUACCGCCCACAAGGUGGUGUUAUCGGCAUGCAGUCCUUAUUUCAAGAGGUUACUCAAAGCUAAUCCCUGUCAGCAUCCGAUCAUUAUAUUGAAGGACGUACAGGAAAAGGAUAUGGAAAGUUUAUUAAGGUUUAUGUACAACGGUGAGGUGAAUAUAGGUCAAGAAAGGUUAUCAGAUUUUAUAAAGACUGCGCAGAUGUUACAAAUUAGAGGAUUGGCCGACGUAGCAGCGGGAAAUGCAGGACAAAGACUGACAAACGCAUCUGAUGAAAAAAUUUCACCGACGUCUUCUUCGUUACCCUGGCAAUCGGAAAGACCCGAGCCUCGAAACGAAGACGACAUCUCUUCGCCUCCAAUAAAGAGGGCGCGCAGUUCGGAUCGUAUGGGUACUUUCACUCCCGAUAGAGGGCGAAGUCCCGCGAGGGGAAUCACCGGUAACGGUGGACCCGAAGCGGGACAGGAAACACUAUUAGGACAAGCGCUAGAAGGAACCGGUACGACGUUAAUUAAAGAGAAAGGUCAUUCGGAAUCGUCGAUACAAGCCCAAUCGACGGGCGAAGACAGCAAUAGUAGCGAUACAGCCAUCAGCGAUCACGGCGACGAUCCCAUCACCCCAAAGACUGAACCUUCCGAUUAUCCCAUGUUAGACGAUCAUCACCCAUUUAAUACCAAUGGUGGUAUUAUGGACCCUUCGAGAGGACCGGGUGGUUUCCAUAACGCCCUUUUAGGCCUACAAGGACUAGGAGGACUUAUGCCAGGACCUUCAGGGAUGCACAAUAGUCAGGAUAAUUUUGUUUCAAGACGUUCUAUGGAUAUGUUGAGGGUACGGGCGACGGAUCCGCGUCCGUGUCCGAAAUGUGGUAAAAUUUACCGUUCGGCGCACACUCUACGUACGCAUCUCGAAGACAAACACACGAUAUGCCCUGGUUACAGAUGCGUUUUAUGUGGUACAGUCGCUAAAUCACGUAAUUCGCUACAUUCGCACAUGUCGCGGCAACAUCGUGGCAUCAGUACGAAAGAUCUUCCCGUCCUUCCCAUGCCUUCGCCAUUCGAUCCCGAAUUAGCCAGCAGAUUAUUGGCAAAAGCCGGCGUGAAAAUAAGCGCCGCGGAACUACGCGCUCGAGCGUCCCCAACAGGCCCUCGUCGCUCUGACGUGAAGUUAGACGCGAAAAGCGCUUAUUCGGGGGCAGCUUCGGAAGCGGGCAGUUCGAUAUGCGGUGACAACGAUCCCGAAGACUUGACAAUAUCGAAUCAAAGAUACAGCAGCUUAGAUUUCGGGCUUUCCCCGCCCGGACACCAACAAAACCACUUCAAAAUGAACAGAUCGGGGCAAGCGGUCGCGGCCAAAAGCUUAGAUUCGCUUCAGAAUCUAUCGAAGGAGCCUUACCCGGCUCCGUUAGCUCCCCCCGUAUCGGGAGCGAACACUACGGGGUCCGCAAUCCUGGACACGUACCUCCAGCUGAUGAUGUCGACGGAGCAGGCGGCUGCCGCUAUGCAAGCGGCGAAUAUCGCGCAGCUCAACGCCAUGGGCCUCGAUAAAACAUCACAGCAACAGUUUUUGGAGAAGAUGCAGCAGAUGCAGAGUGCCAGCGAGAUGAUGAUGAAGCGGAACGACGAAAUACGACGGGAAAGCGAAGGGGUUAACCACGACAGGAAUAACCAGGAGAAACUCCAAGACGACGCCGAUACCUCUGGCGGCGAAGAAGACGAUUACAGCGAGGAGGAAUUAGAAAGGGGAAGCGUCAAAGCUGGCGGGGAGUAGAGGAAAAAUCGUCGGUUCUCAGUUAUUCCAUCCAACUACCUCAUUUUGAAGCGUUUCGGAAUUAUGGUAUCGAAAGGGAUGAAAGAAACAUCCCUUGGCUAUAUCGACAUACCUUUUUUUUGUAAGAAACAAAAAUCCAUCCGUCUACCUCAAACAUAGUUAUAUGAGUGCAAGAUAAUAAGGGUUAUAAAAGUGUAUACGGUAGAAUUUCUAGAACUUUGUUGUUGAAAAUACGUUUAUCUAUGGUAAAAAAUCGUUCAUACCCUGUAUUAUAUCGAAAUUUAUUCAAUUGAAUUAAAAAUUUAUCGUUUUUACUCCUUUUCUAAUAGAAUUUUUGUCAAAAAUCGUUACAUUUUUAUUGAUACGCUCGGUAUAUACAGUUUGGUUUGGUUUAUUGACAAAAAUUUUUAACGUACGUUCGAAAAAAGUCUUAGUCUCUCAUGAUUCUGAUUAUGAAUUUAUCCUAUCGCCAUUUGGGAAAAAUACAAAUAAAAUUCUGAUAGUACCAUUUUUUUCGAUCUACCUCGUAUAAUCUUCAACUCACAUGAUCGAUCGAUCGAUAGUUGAUAUGAAAAUCGAUUUUUUUUUUUCAAAAAUCAAUUCUACUAAUUAUUUUAUUUCAGAAAACGUAGUUACGUGUCUUAUUAUUGAAUUCGAUUAGUUUUCGUUCAACCUCGUAUAUUAUCCAAUAUGAGUUUUUGUUCACUUCAGUUUUAGUCGUAGUAAAAACUAUUUUUCACCUCUUCAUCAUCGAUUUUUCUCAAUAGAAUCGAUUUAAUCGAUAUAAAUCAAUCCUAUUGACCGCGCCACUUGGCAAAAAUACCAAAUUAAUUAUUAAAAUACUGAUAGUAUCAUUUUUUCGAUAAACCUCGUAUAUAAUUCACUUCACUUGAUCUAUAGUUGACAUGAGAGUCGAUUUUAUUUUUCAAAAAUUAAUUGUACUGAUUAUUUUAUUUCAAAAAACGAAGUUACGUGUGUUAUUUUCGAACUCAAAUAGUUUUCGCUUAACCUUGUAUAAUAUCCAAUAUAACUUUUUGUUUACUUGAGUUUUAGACGUACUAAAAACUAGUUUUUUCUCGAUUUAAAUCAAUCCUAUUGACUGCGCCAAUUUAAAAAUUAUUUCAAUUAAUCAAGUUCCAGUAAAUAAAUUUCUCAAUUACACUCGUAUAUAUUUUUAAAGUAAAAUAAUUAUAUAAUGAAUAAAAAUCAUUUUUUCUCCAUUAUUGACAAAAAAAUCGAUUUCUUUUUACAUAUAAAUUCUAGUGAUUCAAAAGUCCAUCUUUCUUUCUCCACCUCGUAUCUUUUAACAGUGUGAAAAUUAUCCAACAAAUCCGUUUUCUGUUUUCAAUUCAGCAAUAUUACAGUUUAUUUAUAGCCCAAACUAUGGAUUAUUUAAAAAAAAACGAGUUAAUCGAUAAUUAAUCCUACUGACUGCACCACAUUUAUAUACCAUUUGAAUUAAUCAAAUUUCAAUAGUGCAAUUUCGUAAAUCACCCUCGUAUCUAUUAAAAUUAUAAGAAUUAUAUAACUAAUUGUUUUUUCUUCCAAGAUCAGCUAUAUUAUAGCCGAUUUAUAGCUUUAACUAUCGAUUAUUUUCAAUAAGUUAAUGGAUACAAAUUGAUCCUACUCACUGCGCCAAUUGAAUCAAACAAUCCAAUUUUUUCGCUUACCCUCGUAUUUUCUACAAUUAUACAACGAAUUGAUUAUCCCAAUACAAAUAAACGUUCCACACUGUAUGUUUUUUUCGGCAAUAAAUUUCGAAAUUAUCGGAAACUAUGGACGGCUUUUUAUGUUUUUUUCUUAAAUUCUCAUUAUAAACAUAUUUAAUAAAUAAAUAAUAAUAUCCGAUUAUAACAAUUACAAGGUGAUACGUAUACAAAUAUAUUAAAUAUGUUUUAAAAAAAAUAAUGUUUAUACAAAAAACAAUUAUUCUAUCCAGGUAAAAAUUGUACAAAAAACGUUUUUGCCUUCAAAACAAUAUUUUUGUAAGUGUAUCUUCGAAAAUAAAAAAUUUCGAUACAA